AUGAACCGUCAUUGCGGCUCAUAUCUGGGCCGCCAAGCACGUAAUAGUUGCAGAUUACGCGUUGACCAUGAACAAAGGUCCUACUCGACUCUACCCGUAGGCUACCAGCUCCCAGCUCCUUUGAGUCGCGUGCAAAUAGGUAAAAAAUUUCAAGCCAAAAUAUUUGUUGCUUUAGGGAUACUAUUAGUACCGUAUAUGUGUCUUACGCGACAGCAUUAG